AUGGAUAGUCAAUUACAGUAUAACAUCAGUGAAUUAGUUCAAUUCAUGGACCAAUGCAAUGACAGCAACGUUGUCACUUCUUAUUCAGGAUUGAACCAUGUUAAUUCCCCAACAGCCUUUAAUUAUACAGCGCAAUAUGAGUUAGAAAGCAAAAGUGGAAAUGAGCAACAGAAAUCAGUGAGACAAGAAUCUAAUGCCCAGCAUUUCAGUGCAAUGUCUUUCUUUCCAUUACAUACCAGCCCUAAGAUACAAGUUCUCAACCUAAGGGAUCAAGAAUAUAAAGAAAUUCAAAAAAAUUGUCGGUUUAGUAAAGUUGUUGAAGAUGUGCAUGCCACGGCACCUACCGACUUGAGAGAAACAUUAAAUUAUGAUGAGCUUUUUGAUACCUUUAUUAAUUCCGAAGUAGAUAUUCAAACUUUGAAAGACUCAGUUGGGGUUUUAAGAACCCAUAGUCCUCUUCCGCUUCCACUUCCACUAACACCCAAACCCACGCCGAAUAUUAACAUGAAGGAUUCCAUGUCUAGAUCUUACGUUUUUGAGAACGAAAAUAGCAAAGAUAGAUCAUAUUUCGAUGUUGCUGAUGAGAGAGAUGUAGGUAGAAUAUUCAGAUAUCCUGAUAAUAGUAAUCAAAUUUUUAAUAUUGGAACGUUAAAACUCGCUUCUAAUAGCUAUAAAGAGGCUAAAGUCGUCUCAGCUUCUGUCAAUAAAACGAUUGACGAUGAAUUUGAAUUGAAGUCCAAGUAUUUCCGUUCCUUUGACAAUAGCCUUAAAAGAAGACAAAAGUCUCAAUCGGAAGAAAUAAGGUCCAAAAUAAGGAAAAGGAAUAAUCCUACUACGGAUGAAGUAGAAUGGAAACCACUAUCUAUAUUUACUGUUUAUACAAAUUUUAAGCCUGAGGCUAUAGAUGAUACAGACUAUUUUGAAAAUAUACCCCAGACAUCUUGUUUUGGUAGAUUGAAUAUGAGAGUCAAAAGAGCUUGGACUAGAGGUCCGAAUAAAGCUAAAUUGAAAUAA